AUGGAAAAGAAACUGAAGGCUAGAGUAAAACAUGCUCAGGAAAUAGCUAAGAUUUUGCAGCACCCACGAGUUUACUCAUUUCUACAUGUACCUGUGCAGUCAGCCUCUGAUAGUGUACUUAUGGACAUGAAGAGAGAAUAUUGCCAGGCUGACUUCAGACAUGUGACAGACUUUCUCAAACAACAAGUCCCGGAUGUAACCAUAGCAACAGAUUUGAUAUGUGGAUUUCCGACAGAGACAGAGGAUGAUUUUGAGGAAACUAUGCAGCUUGUUAGAGAUUACAAAUUCCCAAGUUUAUUUAUCAAUCAGUUUUUCCCACGUCCUGGAACACCGGCAGCAAACAUGCCUCGGAUACCUCCACCAGACGUUAAGAAGAGAACUAAGAGAGUGUCAGAAUUAUUCCAGUCAUAUCAUCCCUAUACUCACAAGCUUGGUGAAAUACAAGAAGUGCUAGUCACGGAAAUCUCACAUGAUAAACAGUAUUACGUAGGCCAUAACAAGUCUUAUGAUCAGGUGCUGGUACCCCAAGAUGAGAACUUGAUGGGAAAGAUGGUUAGUGUAGAGAUAACUGAGACCGGGAAACAUUUCAUGAAGUGUCGACUAGUAAAAGAUGGAGAGGUCAGGAGACCUGUAUCAGUACCCCCACCAUUACCUAAAGGUCAAGUUUCAGGAUUUAAACAGACAGAUGUUGUUAUCACAAGUAAAGGAAUCUGGUUCUUUGCUGUUUCUAUGGUAGUUAUGUUAAUAGCAGUGGUUUGGCGAGUAUAUGGACUAGUUCAACAGUUUAUAACGUGAAUACUAUAAUGUACUUGUUGAUGACUAAAAACAAUACUGUGUAGAAGUGAUACCUUACUCUUUCAUGUUGAAGGAGACGGUAAUUGGCAUAGGAAGCUGAAACUUUUACACAUCUUAGUAUCAGGAAAUGAUAUGCAGUCAUUUAUAGCUGGAGUAUUCAGUAAAUAAAAAGUGCUAUUUUAUUUGCCCAAACAUCCUGCACUAUAUUUUCAUUGAAAAUGUGAGUUGCAGCAAGAACUAUCGAAGCAUAGUCUGCAUUCAAACUUCACAAGUGUAUUUCCAAUUAUCAAAUCUACAGACAGAUUUGAGUCCCAUAACUAACAUACAUGUAGUCUGAAUUUUGGAUGUUAGAAAGUUUAAACAUUUUGGACAGAUUAAAAGUUUAGUGUG